AUGCCAGAAUACCUCACACUCUCUCUCUCUCUCUCUCUUUCUCUCUUUCUCUCUCACUCUCUUUCUCUCUCACAUUCACUCUCUCUCUCUCUCUCUUUCUCUCUCUCUCUAUGUUUUAUCUUUCAAUUUAUAUUUUCUAUCAGUCCUCUUACGAUUCCUCCAAACCUCCAAUUUAAUUCAUCCAUCUUCUUUUGCUUUCUUUUCUUUAUUGAUUUUUCUUCCCCCAUUCUCUUUGCAUUCGUCCAAAACUUAUAUUCACUCGUUUUCAUUUCAUUUCUCGUCCACUUCCUCCAACAUCUCGUUUUCUUCUUUUCCCUGCAUCUAGCACACCAUGUUUUCAGGUUUUCUUUCCUGUUCACAUUUCUUUUUUCCUUUCACUUCGUACAACACCUCAGGUUCACAUUUCUUCUUUCCAUUGAAUUCCCCCAACACCUCACGUUCACAUUUCUUCUUUCCUUUCAAUUCCCCCAACACCUCACGUUCAAUUUUCUUUUUCCUUUCAAUUCCCCCAACACCUCACGUUCACAUUCCUUCUUUCGUUUCAAUUCCUCCAACACCUCACGUUCACAUUUCUUCUUUCCUUUAAAUUCCUCCAACACCUCACGUUCACAUUUCUUCUUUCCUUUCAAUUCCCCCAACACCUCACGUACAAUUUUCUUUUUUUCUUUCAAUACCCCCAACACCUCACGUUCACAUUUCUUCUUUCAUUUCACUUACUUCAACACCUCACGUUCACAUUUCUUCUUUCCUUUCAAUUCCCCCAACACCUCACGUUCAAUUUUCUUUUUUUCUUUCAAUUCCCCAACACCUCACGUUCAAUUUCUUCUUUCCUUUUCCUCCAACGCCUUUCAUUUUUUCUUUCCUUUCAAUUCCCCCAACACCUCACGUUCAAUUUUCUUUUUUCCUUUCAAUUCCCCCAACGCCUCACGUUCACAUUUCUUCUUUCCUUUCAAUUCCCCCAACACCUUUUCACGUUCAAUUCAUUUCUUCUUUCUUUUUCAUUUCAAUUCCUCCAACACUUCUUUCGUUCCCCCAACACCUCUUCUUUUCUUUUUUUCAAUUCCCCCAACACCUCACGUUCACAUUUUUUCUUUUUUCUUUUCCUCCAACGCCUCACCCCCAAUUCCUCCAACCCUCACGUUCAAUUUUCUUUUUCCUUUCUUUCCCUAA